AAUUUGAGAUUUUUAAAAAUUAACUGUUAGAUUUUGAAUUUUGCAAUUUAAUUUUUAUUAUAUUUUCAUAUAAAUCAUUAAUAAAUUAAAAACUUCAAUGAUAUAUAUUAUUGAUAUAAUAUAGUUUAACCUACUAAUAGAUACACAAUGUUUUUACUACCGAAUUUAGAAAAGCUAAACAACUUAUUUUUAAGAAAUAAAGAAUUACAUGUUUUAUUAAACAAAGAAGAUAGACAAAUAAUCUGCAAAUUUUUGGAACUAACUGAUAUACCAUUUUUUUUUGAAAAUUUAAGAAGUUUUUUAUUGCUCCAAGAAAAAAAUUACUCAAUUGAAAUAAUUUGGAGAAUACAUUCUAAGCAAAUUAUAGAUUUUAGUGAAUUCAUCACAAGUUACAGAUUAGAUAUAGAUCACAUUAUUAAAACCUUAUUAUCUCUCUUAGAAUCAAAUGAUGAGUUAAGUCAAAUUAUAUUAACAGACUUGAUUGCUAGUUUAUUACUAUUAUUAUCAGGAGAACCGAAUCAUAUUUUCCAUAAACAUUUACAAGUGGUACAACAUUUUAUAACACAAUCUAGUGUAUUGAUUAUAAAAAACCCUGACAUUUGGGUAUAUUUAAAUCGAUUGAAAUGUUGCCCAUAUCUCAUUAAACCAACAGCCAAAAAGAUGUUUAAACUUAUGCUUAAAAAUAUGCUUGCAACGGAUAUAAAUUAUCACUUAGAUGUAGCAUUUGAGGAAUACAGACAGUAUAAAACUCCUGAAGCAACAUUUAAAAUGCUUGAAAUGUUUUUAGAUAAUUUAGAUGAAGAUACAUAUUUUUCGUUAAUUCAGAAUACUAUUCAUCAAUUUUGUAGUAAAGCUAAUUGGAAAAUUAUAUUAUCGAUGGUAACAGUAUUUGUAAAAAUAAAACCUGAAAAAUGUCAUUUUUUAAAAGUAUAUCUAGAACAAUUAUUUAAUAAAACGUUGUCUAAUUGGUUAUCAAAGGAAGAUUUUGCGGUAUGUAAAGCAGCUCUCCUUGUAUUUCGCCAUUGCUGCCUUAACAUUGGUUUGUGGUCUGAAUACAGUCGCUGGUAUACAUCGUACAAAGUAGAUGUUAAAACUGCCAAAGUUUUUUAUGCUUUAUUAAUAUAUCUUGUACCGUAUGAAUUACCAGCAGCAUUAGCUGCUCAUACAAACAUGCAACCAAAAUUGACUGAAUCUUGUGUAGAUAUCCAGUCAAAAUAUGUGAAAGCAGCUCGAGAACAACUUAUUGUAAUAAAUAAAGGACAAGAUUAUAUGGGAUUAUUUAAAGAUUAUGAUGAUUAUCAAAAUCGUCACGAAGCAGAUAUAGAAAAAGUGUUGAAUCAUUUUAAAAGAACUGGUCAUAUAAUGCGUGUUGUAUUAGAAGCCUCAGUAUUCCGACAAAAGUAUUUUUUGGGCACAUUUUUAAAAACAUUGAUGAAAUCUCAUGCGGAUGAUGAUAAUAUCAGAUGUCAAUUUAUAGAACAAUUAAAUGAUAUGAACAAAAUACCUAAUUCAGCUUAUAUUAAAUGGAAAGAGGAGCGUAAAAGUGUUUAUUUUUCUUAAUUAGAUGUAUAUAUUUAAUCAAUGUUAUUAAAGAAAAUGUAGAUUUAAAUUUUUUUUUGUUUCUCAAAUAGAAUUAUUCUUAAAAUAUUUUAAAUAAAGACCUAUAAAAUGGUAGACUAAGAAAAAAAUUGGUUUCGAGUUAAUGCAUUAUUUGUUUGCUAUUUGUCACUAUCUAAGAGAGCGUCACAUUUAAAACUUUCCGCAUACAACCAUCCAGAGGUGGAGUUAUGUUCCAUAUGGCUAUUUAUUUAUUUAUGAUAUACCCCAUUAUUAUCAACUAUUUACCGCGAAUUUUUCCACGUUCUGUUGCGCCUUACCGCAAAUAUUGACGUUCACGUAAAAAAUAGUAUA